CUGUCAAGCGCAGACACAUACAGUGACAGUAGCAGUAACAGUUGGGAGAGUCCCUUGCUCACCAAAAGCAUGUAUUGAAUCCCCAGCUUCGGAAGUGAAAGGCACCCAACUUUUAAAAAAAAAAAAAACUGAGCACUCGCUGCCCCUUGGCCCUACCUCUCAUGCCUUGUCGCCGAUUUACCACUCUCCCUUCCACCUCGCCGGUAUUCUGAGCUAUAAGGGUCUCUGCUUUCGUCGUCGGCCAUGGAUUUUUAACCUCAGAGAGCCUUCAAGUUCCUGCCUUUCUAUAUCUUGCGUUUUGGCUUCGUGAGUUUCGUUUCUGGGGGUCACUGCGGAUUUUAUAUGCUAUUUGAGGAUUCUGGACUGACUGUGACUGGACUAUCUUCUUCCAAUACGAUAUGUACGUGGUGCCUCCACCCCAGCAGACCGAUCCUGGGUCGGGAUCCAGCGAUUUGCGGGUUUACCAAACAUGGAAAGGGAGUAAUAAAUUUUUUCUUCAGGGGAGGUUCGUAUUUGGACCAGAUGUAAGAUCACUGGUGCUGACCAUUUUCCUUCUUGUUGCUCCCGUGGCAGUUUUCUGUGUCUUUGUUGCCAGAAAACUGAUGGACGAUUUUUCUGACCACUGGGGGAUAACCAUAGAGGUUGUUGCUGUUAUAUUCACAGUUUAUGUCUUAGGUCUUCUAUUGUUAACUUCUGGCAGAGACCCUGGUAUAAUUCCACGCAAUGCACAUCCUCCAGAGCCAGAAGUUCUUGAUGGCAAUUUGGAUGUUGGAGCUGGUCAAACUCCUCAACUACGGUUGCCUCGCUUUAAGGAGGUUCAGGUCAAUGGCAAUAUUGUCAAAGUCAAAUAUUGUGAUACUUGCAUGCUCUACAGGCCUCCUCGAUGCUCACACUGCUCAAUCUGCAAUAACUGUGUAGAACGAUUUGAUCACCACUGCCCCUGGGUUGGACAGUGUAUUGGGCUGCGUAAUUAUCGCUUCUUCUUCAUGUUCGUCUUCUCAACUACGCUACUUUGUAUAUAUGUUUUUGCAUUUUGCUGGGUCUACAUUAGAAGAAUUAUGAAGUCAGAGGAGAUAACAAUUUGGAAGGCAAUGAUCAAAACACCGGCAUCCAUAGUUUUAAUAAUUUACACUUUCAUAGCAAUGUGGUUUGUUGGUGGUCUUACUGCCUUCCAUUUAUAUCUGAUAAGUACCAAUCAGACUACAUAUGAGAAUUUCAGAUACAGGUAUGAUCGACGGGCCAAUCCUUAUAACAAAGGAGUGUUGAAUAAUUUUGGAGAGAUAUUCUGCAGCAACAUUCCCCCAUCAAAGAACAAUUUCAGGGCAACGGUGGCAAGGGAACCAGCAUUACCUGCUAGAUCGGUGGCUGGGGGUUUUAUGAGCCCAAGUAUGGGAAAGGCUGUGGAAGAUGUAGAGAUGGGCAGAAAAGGCGUCUGGGGGGACACGGGCCCCGGAGUAGAUCAUUCUGAAGGUCAAUUGAUCAAUGAUCGUUCAACUAUAAAGGAAGGUGAACUGGGAGAGUUGUCACCUGAAGUAAGGACUACAGUGGACGAGGGUGACCGUGUCGGGAUACAUCCUCGGCGAUCCAGCUGGGGAAGAAAAAGUGGGAGCUGGGAAAUGUCCCCUGAAGUUCUUGCAUUAGCACAGCGGGUGGGAGAACCCAAUCGUGUGGGCGGAGGUAGCAGCAGCAGCUUGACAACCCAAAACCAGCAUACAUAGCCAUUCUGCCAAGAAUAGUCUGGCUAAUGGACAUAAUGGGAUCUGAUUUGCCAGUGAUGAUCAGGAAUUCAUGUGAUAUAUGGUAAUUCUAAUGUAAAAUCAUGGUAUGUGCGAUAUGGGGUUGCGGGCAUUUGCAGGAUGCUUGUAAGUGUCGUUUUAGCCGUUGUUCUAUUAGGAAUGGAAUUGUUAGUUCUGAGAGUGAUUGUUAUUUUGCCUGGUGUUAUCUUACGUUUACCGAUUUAUUUGCAGUCCGUGCCUGUGAAAA